CCUCAAGGUAACAAUAACGAGUAAGAAGACAGAUAGUGGAAACCCGGAGAAAAUCCUACGUAGCUGCAUAUUGGUUGGUGAUGCUAUUUCUGUCUACCACCUAACCUAACCAACCCGUACACAUACUUGUUGGCGCCCAAGGACAAAAGGCGCCAAUAUUAAAUCACCAUUCCAUCCCGACCUCUCUCCGACCUUCCCUCCUCGCUCCACUGCGAUUCCACCAGCCCCGGUUUCGGCCCAACGUCGCAACCUCAGCCACCUAUCAGCCUUGCAUCGCAACAGGACGCACGUCACCGGCGGAGCAGAGGAGGGCAAGGCAAUUUGAGAAACGAACCAUUGACUGGUCGACUAUCUGGUGAUUCAGACAACUACCGCGACGACACACACGACUACGAGCUCCAGGAGCUUUCCUCGCGCAGUCAGACCUCAGCUACUACUCCACCAGAUUCCGCACCCGAUAACAGCAACGAAAAGCUUGAGAGAAGGGCCGCCAAGCGUCGGUGGCUCGAGGAUCAGGACGAUAUGAAAUUCUCCCACAGCAUCCAGUUCAAUGCUGUUCCGGACUGGAGCAGUCACUACAUAGCAUACAGCAAUCUCAAAAAACUUAUCUACCAGCUCGAAAAAUCCAUCAACCAAUCUAUAGGCACAGAUGCGGAAUCGAGACCCCUCAUCGGAAAUGAUGAGGAUCCGGAGAAGGUCUUUACACGCGCCCUGGAUGUCGAGCUUGAAAAGAUCUCGUCAUUCUUUUCCGUAAAGGAGCAGGAGCUGCUGGACGAGGUCAAUUCGCUGCUCAAAGAUAUUGGAGCUUCAGAAGAUGAAGACGAAGGUAGUCCGAGUCGCCUCGUCACGCACGACCCCACACAGUCCGCGUCGGCUUUGGUCGAAAACCGAAGGCACAGCAUGCACAGCCAUCAAUCGACCGAGGACGGCGGGGAGGAUGAUAGCGACGACGCCUCUAAUGACGACGAGAACACUCCCGCCCUCGCUAGGAAACGUCGCGUGAGCUUUGGCAGGAGAAAGACGAUCGGCGCCGCCGGCAAUGGUGCCAUAACGGAUAUGACGGCUUCGGCUGAGCUGACGCGGUCUCGCCGACAAAGCACCGUUGCGUUUGACGACUACGCCGAGCAGGCAGCCCUCUACUCGUCCGACAUUAUGCUGAAGCGCAGAGUAGUGGCCCUGUACGUACAGCUCUGCGAGCUCAAGUCGUACAUCCAGCUCAACAAGACGGGUUUCCGCAAGGUUCUCAAGAAAUUCGACAAAAUUUGCAACAGGUCGCUGAGGCAAAAGUACAUGGAGAAGGUCGUCGAGUCGGCCCCUCCAUUCGUCCCCGAGGCGACCAAGGCGGUCGAGGAUAACGUUUCCAAGAUGGAGCAUGCCUACGCCAAUCUCGUCACCAAGGGGGACAUCGACAUUGCCAGGAGGGAUCUGCGCUCGCAUCUUCGCGAGCACGUCGUCUGGGAGAGGAACACGGUCUGGCGUGACAUGAUUGGUAUGGAGCGGCGAGCCGAGGCUGCAAGCUUGGGCAGGGCCUUGCUUGGCGGAGACAUCGCCACGGGAGCCGCCAGGCUGCAGGGCGACGAGGAGAAUGCCAUACCGAUCAAGGAGAUUGCCACGCCGAUCGGUAGACUCAAGCUUCCAACGUGGCUGGUCAGCACGUCCCUGCUGACCCUGGUGAUUAUUUUGGCCAUCUUUACUGCAUUCCUGGUCCUCCCCAUCAUGGAGAGCCCGGAGCAACAAAAUUGCUUGGCAAUCUUGGUGUUUGCCAGUAUGAUGUGGGCAACCGAGGCCAUUCCCCUCUUCGUGACAUCCCUCACCAUCCCGUUCCUCUGCAUCAUUCUCCGUGUUGUACGGUCUGAUGACGGCACCCAGCGCCUUUCCUCCAAGGAUGCUACGACUAUGGUGUUUUCGUCCAUGUGGACACCCGUAAUCAUGUUGUUGCUCGGAGGCUUCACACUGGCAGCUGCACUCUCAAAGUGUAGGAUCGACAAGCGCAUCGCAACAUUUGUGCUCAGCAAGGCUGGAACUCAACCGCGCACCGUGCUCAUUGCAAACAUGCUCGUCUCGGCGUUUGCCAGUAUGCUCAUUAGUAACGUUGCAGCACCAGUGUUGUGCUACGGUAUUAUCGAGCCAAUGCUUCGCAACCUACCUACCGGCUCACCCAUGUCCAAAGCCCUCAUUAUGGGCAUCGCCCUGUCAGCAAACAUUGGCGGCAUGCUUUCCCCCAUUGCAUCGCCUCAAAAUGUGGUCGCCAUCGGCAUCAUGACUCCAGAGCCGACGUGGGGAGACUGGUUCUUUAUUGUAAUCCCCGUCGGACUAGUAUCGCUCGCGUUGAUCUGGGUUCUGCUCAUGGUCACUUUCCAGCCCGGCAAGGGCACCAAGAUUGUGCCCAUUAGGCCUGUCAAGGAGCCCUUUAGCAGUGUGCAGUGGUUCGUAUCGAUCGUGACCAUCAGCACCAUUGCGUUGUGGUGUGCUAGCCAUCAGCUCGAGGGUGUCUUUGGUGACAUGGGUGUCAUCGCAAUCAUCCCGUUGGUUAUCUUCUUCGGCAUCGGGCUCCUGACCAAGGAGGAUUUCAACAACUUUCCCUGGACUAUCAUUAUCCUGGCAGCUGGUGGUCUGGCGCUCGGCAAGUCUGUUCGCAGCUCGGGUCUGCUGCACACACUCGCCAACGACAUCACGGGUCGGGUCGAGGGUAUGAGCCUGUACGGGGUGUUGGUGGUGUUUUCUUCUCUCAUCUUGGUAAUUGCGACUUUUAUCAGCCACACGGUGGCGGCUCUGAUCUUUCUGCCUCUCGUGUACGAUGUUGGUGCAGCGAUGGAAGAGCCGCACCCGAACUUGCUUGUCAUGGCUGGCGUAUUGAUGUGCAGCGCCGCGAUGGGAUUGCCGACCAGUGGAUUCCCUAAUAUGACUGCCAUCAUGAAGGAGGAUGCCACAGGCCAGAGGUACCUCCAGGUCAAGCACUUUAUCAGCAGGGGUGUACCGAGCAGCAUAUUGACACUGAUUGUGUCGGUGACUCUGGGUUAUGGUGCCAUGAGGAUCAUCGGCAUGUAAUCCAGAGUAGAUUGGCGUACAUGCAUGGGAAUUGGUUGGGGUUGUGUUGUCCUUUGGUACGUUAUGUUGCAUUUACACGUAAUGGCACCUGAGCGUGCAAAGCAUCCGAGCAUCUUGCGAGAUGCGGUCAUUUCUACCAACUUUUUUGCGGCGUUUUUGGCAUGAUGAUCUAUCGCGGGGAUGGGCGUGUGGUGGAUAGUCGGUCAUAUACUUUGGCAGGCUCCCUAAUCCGUUACCAGGAUACAACGGGAUGUCAUAUUGUCCGAUGAGGUGACCUUGUCAACAAUGCGAUGUAGUGUAGAGAGUAUGCAGGUCAACUAUCUAGUCUAGAUUGGGUAGAGUAGAGAAUAUCAUAAUCUGGUUGCCUCGCGGCAUAGACCGGCUCCUUGAUUUUGAUUCUUCCUGCCGGUCUGGUAUAUCGACACAGAGCUUGUCUAUCUUCCGGCUGACCCAAGCAUGUAUGAUACAGCAUGCCAACCAUAUCAAAGCUUGAGCCAUGUCCUCUCACAAAGCGGAUAAUACCGUCGCCCAAGACAAGAGAGGGGAUGUGAAGGUAUUAAGCAUCCUGUGAGGUUUUUUUUUUCUUUUCGUCCAUUUAUUAUCCAACUUCCAACAUCCUUCCAACCCCCCUAACCCAUAUCCCCCCUUUGCCCGACAAAUCAACCUAAAUCACAACUCUCACACACACACACACACAACCGCCGCCUCAACCCGACCCAUUCGUCUCAAGCUUCCCCUCCGUCUUUUCCACAUAGGCAAUCAUAUCCUCAAUGGUGCAGACCUUGAGGCCCCACCUCCGCGCAAAAGCCACACACUCGUCACCCCUCAGCAUUCCCGGCGCCGAACGCACCGCCCUCCCUUCCACCUCCACCCCGUCGUCGACAAUCUCGGAAAUGACCGCGACGGGCCUCUUUCCCGCGAGCCUGCACAGCUCCACACCGGCCUCGGUGUGUCCCCUGCGGGCCCUGACGCCGCCGGCGACGGCGCGGAGCGGGAAGACGUGGCCGGGGCGGCGAAAGUGCGAGGGCUGGGCGUCGGGGGCAGCGAGCAUGCGGCAGGCCAGGGCGCGGUCGUGCGCGCUUAUGCCGGUGGUGGUGGACGGGUGCUCGGCGUCGACCGACACGGUGUAGGCGGUGCCGCGCGGGUCGGCGUUGUGCGUCACCAUCUGCGGCAGGUCGAGCGUCGUGGUGCGCUCCGCGGUCAGCGGGGCGCAGAUCAGACCCGAUGAGUGCCGCACCAUGAACGCCAUCUGUUCUGUCGUGACCGACUCGGCCGCGAUGAUCAGGUCGGCUUCGUUCUCGCGGGACGGGUCAUCUAACACGACUACGAACUCGCCGUUUUUGAAUGCUUGGAUCACAUCAGGGAUCGAGUCGAAAUUUGACUUUGGUAUGCUGUCUGUGGAAGGCAUUGUGUCUGUUUUUGUUGUAGGGGGUGUGUGUGUGGUAUAUAAGAAUCCUGGGUAGUAUGGAUUUGGAGUCUUGGCUCCCUGUGUCUCUCUGGUUAUGACUCCUUUAAAUCUGAAGGGGUUCCGUCGACACCUCGGCCUCCUCGAGAGAUUAUUAUUUUGCGCAAGCUUCUGUAGUCUGUGACCCAAUUAAACUAUAGAAUAAUCGCAAAUUUCUGGUCUUGCUUGAUUGUUUUUGUCGAGGUGGCGCAAAAAGGAAACAAAUGUUUUUUUUUUGUAAGAGGUGAUGGUGGUGGUUCCCGUAAAGCUGGUAGUGACUUGAACCGCGUGGGAUGCAGGGACGCGGAUGCAACUGCGGCAGAAGACGUUGGAGUGCCGAAUCGGAGCUGAUAGGAUUAUUAGGGUACCUUGGCCAGCGGACUAGGGGUAUCUGUCGGGAUCUCGUCCUUAAGCCUCGGCCUUUAGUUCGGGUUGUGAAUCUGGGAUGGAAUUGGAUGCUGGUUCACGUUCAAUUAUUCGCCUGCCCAGGUAAGGUUAAAGGAUCAAG